GAUGACUACCCGAAGCACUCUUCUUGAUCACGGUAUAUUUUUAUAUCAUUGAAUGACAAAUUGAUAUGAAAUAACUUAACUUUUCCUGGUUUUCACGGUCACGAGUUUAGCCGUUGGGGGUGUUUUCUGUCUCAGACGGGGCGGGGCUUGAAUUCCUAACUGGAAUGAGUUUCCUCCCGAUACGUCACUCUGGGAUAGGCUGCGAGCUAUCGAGCAACGCUGUCACUCAACGGGGUUUCGGGCUUGUUACCUACGCCGCUAAGGGUAAGAAAAACCUUGUAAAUAGUAAAUAAUUCUCACAUAUAAGUGUCAUUCGUGUCGUUUUGAGCUUCCUCGCUCCGCUCGAGGUGUUUUAACGGUCGCCUCGCGCUCACUAAGAGCCGUUUGAAAGUUGUAAACGGUUCACGCUGAACUACAACGGAAACUUUUGUCGUGAAGGCCGCGAUAUUUGUUGCAACAGGUCCACUACACGGCAAACGAGCAACAUAAGUGUGUUUUCAUUUUGGUCAUUUUGAUUGAAUCGUGUUGAAAUAACGAUGUGUUGUGUUUUUAAUGCAGAACGGGACCCCCCGGGAGGAGAAAGUCGCCUUGCCCAUCGCGGGUUUAAGGCUCUGGGAUUAAAGUGAUCGCCAGUCCCACAGCUUUCGUCGAAACUGCCAGCGGGGAUUCAUGCUGUGUUGGUUAGCUAAAUGCGGUACGAAGCUAAAAUGAUGCCGGUGAGUUUACAUUUUCUUCUCACAGCUAUAAGUUGAAGUGUCGUAUAUCUAUAUUUUUGACAUGAUGAUACCGUGGUGUUGUUUCUGUUGUGAAUUACCUGCUGGACAUUUAAAUUGACGUGGCAAGUGGAUGCGGUUGCUCCUUUGGGCCAGUUCUAUGGCAACAUAAGCGCUUUGUUGUGAAGUUUAUUAGCGUGGACAGCUGUCAGUGUGUGCUAUCAGUACACGAUGAUAUAAGUUACAUCAUUUAUUUGCUUAGUGGGAUGUUGCCCCGCGGAUAAAUGGUUGUCUUUCUCCGGUUCAAAGUCUCCCUGCGUCAGAAUGUCUGAAACAUGUAGAUCCAGUUUUGGGACAGAAGACUUGUAUCUGUUAAAAUAGUGAUUUAAUUGACUGCGUAUACAUGUUUCCCUCCUGUCUGUUCAGUCGUAGACUUUCAAUCUAAUCAUCAAGGCUAAUAAGAGCUCACAAUUAGCAGGGGGCACCUGCCAAGACUUGCUUAGUCUACUCCGCAAACCUUUUGCACUGGACCUCUGCCAUGACAGCAGCCAUCAUCAACAUCAUUAUCGUCGUCAGAGGUCUAUUGUUUUUGCUGCAGUGUAAGCCCACAUUUCUCCCUGUAUUUCUUCGACAGGGGCAGCAGACAGAGGUCUGUGCAUGUGUUCCCUGUGGAGGAGGGAAAAAAAAAACCCUUUCCAAAAAUGGAGACUUUUUUUAAUGCAGGUUUAAUCCUCUGUUGCAGCUUUGUUUGCUCGCUUUUAAUAAGAGGCACAAAGGUCACAGGAGUAUUGAGUGGAUUGGUAUUCAGUAAGCAUUUACAUCCAAGUGAAAUUCUUGUCUUCGCUUUUAACCAAAGAAUAGCAUGAAAAGAGGAUGCAACCACAAUGUAAUGUGUGUGAAAGAUUGAAUGAAAAGCACAUCUCAUAGCCCAGUCAAGGAGGAAUUCACUUCGCAGUCGUAUAAAUGAAAAGGCAUUCAAUUCAGUCUUUAUUCUGAAUUAUUUUUACAGCUCUGAGACAAGAAUGUGUAUUUCAGCGGAUUAUUCAUUACCCAAAACCGUUCACUUGUUAUUGAAAUAAUUGGCCGCUCAUUUUCUGAGGAUCUGCUAAAUCCUUUAUAAUCCACUUGUUUUGAAACUAUAGUUUUAGCUGCAGUGACCAGCUCCACUUCAGUUUAUGGAGGAAAGGGCUUGAUGUUUCUUGUUUUGCUAAACUUUGCAGUAAAUAUUAGGGCCUGACCGAUAUGAAUUUUUGGGGGCCAAUGCUGAUACCGAUUAUUAGGGGGCAAAAAAAUCUGAUUACCGAUUGAUCAGCCGAUUUAAAAAAAAAAAAAAUUGUGAGGUUAUAAAAAAUACAUAUAUACUGUAGAUAUCUACAGUACUGUAGAUAUACUGAAGGCUACUGCUCUUCACUCCUACAGGAAGACCGACUGAUCAAACUCGGACUAGAAAAGCUUUUUCAAUGUUGAACUCAUUCCAAGGAAACCUAAAACUCAGGACAGUUAAUUGGUGAUUUAAAGUAUUUUUCAACGUUUUUCAUUAAAAUAAGAUCAGAGCAUCAAAGGUGUAUGUUGUCAGUUAUUUUUAAAAAAUCUGCAUCGGCCAAAAUCAGUAUUGGCAGGUCAAGCUUUUUAAAGAUCAGUGCUCGGCCAGAAAAUUGUGAUCGGUGCACCCCUACUUUGCAGGUAAAUUCUCAAUCUUUUUGUGUGUUUCGUCAACAAAUGAGUAAAGCUGUGUGACAUAGUUAGACUUUGUUAACACUUAAUGUAAGAUACAGGGUAAUCUCCUAUAGCUGUAAAGUAAGGAUCUAUUAAUGUUAUCCGUAUCCUCUCUGACCUGCUCACUAACAGAGCUUGGUAAGUGAAUUAAUCAUCUAAGCCGUGGAAACAGUCGUAUUUAGAUGACUCCUGUCUGGUGUGUGACCUCAGUCUGCCACUGACACAUAGUCAUCUGUCAUCACCUUGCAGAAACAAGUGUAAACAGUCACGUUUACAUGUUUAAACACAAGACCUGUUUCCCCUGUGCCUCAUCAGACCUUUUAAUUAGCACCUAUAGUCCACUUCUGUCAGUAGAGAAUAUGUGUUGUGUCGUGUUUGAAUACGAUGCAGCUUCUGGUGUUCACCUGAUAAGCACAAAAUGGCCUCUCUAUAGCCAUGUCUGAUGCAAUGUAUUGUCUUAUGAAUUACACCCAUAGUCCAUGACCCUGCUCGCACAGGCCAGGGGCUCUGGGGUAGUGAGAGUGUAGUGUCGUAAUUGCUGGCUGGGAUGGUAAAUAGGGGGUCACUGUUUCCUGAACACAAUGAGCUUUAAAAGCAUGUUGUGGAGAGCACAUUGUGUGUGUGUGCCUGUGCCGUGGCAGCACCCUGAUAAGGGCUGCUCGCUCUUUAUUGAACCCUAGCAUGCUUUAACUAAUUUACGCCUGAUUUACUGGUAUGUCUAAAUAGGUCAUUGUUCUGCAGACACUUAUUAAUGCAGCAUUAGAGCUUGAAUUCAUUGCUGGUUUACUGCUCCAUAUCUAAUGUUUGUGUCCUUUUUAAAGAUUAAUUACGCCUAAUAAACUACAACAGCUGAUGGAAAGAAAAGGCAGCAAACAGGAGAGAGUAUGAGGAGAAGUUUUUACACGAUGUUACCUACACAAAUCCUAUCACUUCCUCAUUCCUCUCCCAUGACACGAGUUUGCUUGCUGUGUAGAUUUCCACAUUGAUAAACUUUUUGUGACUUGCCCGCAUUGUUUAGUUUGCGUCUCGGUUACAUCGCAGCAAAUCCCACUGUCGCUCCAUAAUGGUGGGAAAAUUAGGUGACGCUACACAGAGCCUGAUUUUUGCUGUUUGUGUCAACAGAAACCUGAGCGGGCUUUCUGUCCAUCUACCACAAGCUUUGUGUUUACUCUGUGGGAGAGUAUGUGCCGGUUACGUAAGCAGGGCAGCACAACAGCGACAGAGAAGGACAGUCAAGGGCAAGAUUGGGACUUUUGUCUUAGAAAGAAGAGUUAUCAGGGUUUCUAUAUCAGAAUUGUGAAUGCUGUCUGAAAAAGUUAGAUCAUUAUUUUCCUCAAAAGAAUAGUAAUAACUGUAUAUGAAGUCGUAGCACAUUAGCAGCAACAAAUUAGCCUGAUUUCUGAGGGGAAGCGCACCAGAGUCACCUGAGCAGGUAUCAACAUACCUGUUUUUGAAUACUAAAUGACCACCAUGCAGAAGAAGAGAAAUGGAUGUUCCUCGUAAAGUGGCCCAAUUACAGGAAGGCCCCUUUUGCUGCCGCAGCAUUGUCAGAGAUUGAAACACUAUUCUAAACAUGGUGAAAAGGGAGGCCAUGGCUCUGAUGUGUAUCCGGGGGGGUCUGAGAGUCAGCCUUCCAGGAAACUACUGCACCUUUUUGACUCAGUAGUCCCAGGAACUGGAAGUUUCAGCAUGCAGGAACUGGAUGGAGGAGGGAAUCAAAGCUCCCUUUGUGCCUUCCACUUUGCACCAUGUCUGAAGAGCCAUGAAGAUAAGUUAAUUAGAGUGAUAACAGAAAGCAGUGUUAUUUUUAGGCCGAGAUGAUAACACAGCUGGUACACUGUUCCUUGUAAUUUACUGCUUGCCAAAAGAAUGAGGCUCUGUGCAAAUAAGCUUUACUGACAUAUAAGCAUUUUAGUCCUCAUAUAGAUGACACUGGAAUCUGCUGGCUUGUGUAGAAACAAAAAUUAUUUCCCUCGAAGAAAGCCUGGGCUAUAAAUCAGCUUUUUGGAGUAUUUGAUGUUUGUGGUUUAAGGCAGUUCUUAAAAUCUAGAGUUUCUUUUGGCAAUCCUCUGCUCCUUCCCUUGGCCUUCUGAAGUUUUCACCCUCCCCCUAUUGUUUACUUCCUACAGACACUCACAUAACAACAUGGCUGCUAGCAUUAAGGAAGAGUUUGUUCCCAAAAAAGGCAUGGUGCCACAGCCGUGUCAGUGGUUUGGAGCUGGUAAAUCUGGUAAAUCACUUCUGGCCUCAAAGUUUCUUUCAAAGGCGGUUACAGCUAAAGGCAGGGGCACAGCCAAGUUAUUUCGCUGUCUAAAACGAAAGCACGCAGCUAAGUUGGAGAAAUGCUUCACUCUGAAAUGCUACAGCCCAUAAAAACACCUGCCAAAAAGCAGCCAACAUUAGCAAGACAAAUUUCCCAUCGCAUCCUGCAUGACAGUCAAGGGACACAGUGGAAAGCUAUCGUAGUAAACAUUCUGGGUUCACUUAAAUGUGAAAAUGUUACAAGAAAAUAAUAAACUGAACACUGAUGUGGAUUUUCAGCCAAACACAGGACGGUCUUUCUCACUGUUGCUGGUGCAAUAUGGUGUCUAAAUACAGCAGAUAAGCCUGGGUUUAUCCACAUGCUUCAAACUAUUGGUUGUCAGGUAUAUGUACUACCCAGCUGCAAGUAUUUUGAUGAAGUUGCCCCACCUCUUCUGUACAGCAGUACACCUGAAAAGAUCAUUAGAGAGCUGGAGGGGGUGUCAUUUCAUUCCUCUACAACAGACAUACGGUCAAGGCUAACCAUGCAGCCCUUUAUGAUUGGGAUGGUGCAUUUAAUCAAUGACAGCCGGGCUUUAAACAGCUCACUCCAAAGGUAAGCAUAUCUCCCAGGGGCUGAAAAAGUUGUUUUAAAUCAAUUCUUUGUUUUAUUUUUUUAAAGAAGGAAAAGAGAAAUUUCUUAUAAUUUGAUGUGUCAAAAAAUGUAAGCUCAUGAGGCCAUAUUGCCCAGGAUGUACUAAGAUAUAUUUAGAUCCUUGGUCCUGUAGUCUGACCAGAGUCUACGUCCCUGAGCCCUGAAAAAGGUUCCAUAAAAAUUCCUGUUUUGGAAAAGGGCUUUUGUUGCUCUUCCUCCAUUAAUCACCUGCUCUCCUGACUCACCAAUGUCUCUUUUGCAUAUGACAGAUGAAAACCACAAAGGCGUCAUUCAGUGUGCUUUUUUUUUUUCCCAGGAAGCCAAUUAGUAUGUUUGAAUCCCUGCCUCUUAGCUUUAGUUUCCCGUAUAAGAAAAGUUUCGGUAAAGGACAGUUUUGCAUAUUGUAAUUUCUCGUACAGCAGACCAUUUUUCAAUAUUCUCUGACUGCUUCACUUUUCAGUCAUCUAAUGGAUCUCGUUGGUAGUUUCCAUUUGUGUGCAGUAUCCUUAAUUUUUGGUUUUGCUGUCGCCUUUUUCCUCUUAAUGACUUUUUUUUUUUUUUAACUGUCAAAGAGAGCAUAUAGAAAAGGAGACAUCCUCUCCGUUCUGCUGCAUUUUUUCCUCCCAUUUCCCUUAUCUCACAGAUAAGCCCUGAGUAGGAACUGUCUCAUCACGUAGACCAGAAAUGGAAGAGUUUUGCGAGAGGGCAGAUUAUAAGGAGAUAGGCUAAGCACUGCAGUGCAGACGGAGAGAAGAGGUUGUCCUGAUCGAAGUGGCUCAGCUCCCUGCAGCUUCAGUGGGUUGUAAAAGCUGCUUGGUGAUUUUUUUUUCAGAGUGUUGCAGCUGUAUCAGGCUCCUGUACAUUCUGAUUCCCUCUGCGUCCUGUUUGGUGCCCCUGACCUUUUCUCCCCGAAAAGUGAGGGAGCGAGAAAGAGAGAUGAAGAAGAAUAAUGUAUAAAGUCAUUAGGGAGUUUCUGCUGCCUUGCCUUUUUGAAGGACUGCUUUGCUGGAACCGUGUCAACUCUUGAACGGGGACCCACACAUGGACGGAUGAUGCUGCAGUGUCUUCCUCACUCACUGUAAUCAGAUUCAGAGGUGACUCCCUCAACGAGACCAAGUUGACUCAUUCGCUUACCACAGCAAUAUCUUAAUUGAAAGUGUGUGUAGACAUAAGGCUCAACAGCCCCGAGGUGAGACCCCCUCAGGCAUGGUCAGAAUAUACAGCCCCUGUUACCUUCUGCUGCUGUCACCCAGCCUCAGUGUCCACUUUUAGUCCUCCCGUUUCCCUCAGAGGAACUACUUCUGACGUGUUUAUAAGUGGAACUCAACCCCCAAAGUGUUCUUAUCAGGCCUUUCCAACACUCUGCCUUAUUUUCACGGUCCUCAAAGAAGAGGAUGCAUUCAGAACUUUCUCUUUUUGAAAUAUAGAGAUCCCUGCAGCUUUAAAACUUUACCCUAUCAAUGAGUUUUUGCAGUAGUCAUUAACAUACUCAGACAUUUUACUCUCAGAGCAAUAAGAAAACUUCAGUGAGCACAGCACUCACUUUAUGGAUUUAUCCUUUUGAUAGUACACUACUUUGGAACCUACAAAGAAAUUGACAAAUAUGAUGAACACUCUCACUCAUUUUUCAGGAGGAGGUUGCACUCAGGUCCACCUCCAACUGAAUAAAAUCUGCAUGAUUUUACAGGGUUUGUACUCUAGAUUAAAAAGACUCAUUCAUCACUAUGACAAGCUGAAACGAAUAUAUUUCAUGUCACUUAUUAGAAGGAGAAGUGGUCUCAUUUUGUCAUUCUUGUGCUUGGGAAUAAUGUAUCAAGUAUAAAUCUUUGAAAUGAUAGAUUCAAAUCAACAUCAGACUUCUUCAAAACAUCAUUUUUUUAACAGUUCAGGUAUCUUUUAUGAUGUUGAAAUAGUCAUGUGAAUCUCGGGAGAUUCUCAGGAAUUAUAAAUCAAGUUACUUUCUUAUGAAAGGUGUUGAACAUUUAGCAGUCGUGACUUGUGGGUAUUGGAAUCCUUCCUCUGACUGGUUCAUAAAUAUGAGAUAAAACAUUUAAAGUAAAAAAUGUACAUGUUUCUACUUUUUCAAGACUAAAGGUCCUUACACACUGGGACCGAUGCAAAUAUACGACGUGAAAUUACGAACUAUUUGGAGGCAAAUUUUGACUCGCCUGACUGUACACAUCAAGCCCGAUGUGAUUUUGCAACUUUCUGGGGGGUAAAAGACGCGUUCCGGGUGGAAGCGAGAAGACUGACACAACAGCAGACUGACUGUUUUUCAGUUCUGAUUAGACACUAGUGUUGAGAUGGCUGUCUGUCAUGAUAGCAUGUACUGAGUUGGGGCCAGUACCAGAUAAGUACAUUAAACUAUAAUCCAUAAACAUAAGGUAACAACCGAGAUCUAAUGGCGCUGUGACAGCAACGCGAUUGAGUUUGAGACAGUGAAAAUACAUAUGUUAUGUUGUAUCUGAACAGGUUAGCUUACGAGCUAAAGUUACUUAGCACAGAUGAAAGUUAAAACAAAGAAACCAUCGUCAUAUGAGAGAUCCGACGCUAUGACUCUUCACAAGUUGUCCUUCAGGUCAUUAUCUUUGUAAUAUUUGUGUCUUUUAUCAAAAAUCACUCUGUUCUCCGACACGCAAACAAUCAGCCGGUUGGCCAUGUUGGAUAUACUGGUUAAUCAGACAUUGCAACAACACGAAAUCUGAUUGGUCAGAAGAGGACACACAGUAUGCGAAACUUUAGAAAAUUCGACCGUGGUCCGAAAAAUAAAUGCUGCAAUAUCACAGGACGGGAAAACGUUGCUGAUGUGAACGUCUGUAUUGACAGGAUACGGGUUCGAAAAACAAUAUUGACGUCCGAAAUAAUCGCACCAUAAAAACGGUCCCGGUGUGAAAGAACCUUAAAUUUAAGUGAGAAAUCAGCCAGCUUGUUGUACAUCUGAAGCUACUAAUGUCAGUCUGCAAUGUUCUUUGGGAGAUGUCAGUGAUGCAGUGAGCUCUAACUGGCUAGUUAUCCUGAUAUUGCAGAAUAAUUCCAUUAUGGUUGAAUUAUUGGUGCUAGGUCUAUUUUUGGACAUGAGAACUGCAGAGGCAGACACUUUUGAUUGCUCUUAACUCAAUAUGUGACAAAUUGUGUUUGGGCAAUGAUGUUAAGAGACUAAUACGGUAAAAUUGACCCUCACAAGGAGAGAGCGAGGCGUCCAUGUUUCUAUGUGUUUUUUAAAGGAAGAACAAACAGCAUCAACUAAGGUUUUUCUUCUUGCAGUUAUUGGCUUCUACGUACUCUGUUUACAUGCUCUACUUCAUUUCUGCAGUGCUCAUGUUAGUAAUCUGAACAAUCAGUGGGAGUGCCUUUACACACCGACUCAGCAUUCCUUCGUGUAAUUUGCUGAGGGUACAGUGUUGAUCUUUUAACUCGAGUCGUCUUGGAGUCCUCUGUCUAAACAACUGGAGAGUCCUGAAAAGCCUGUUCCCCUCAGACCCGCAAUCAAUGGCAUCUGCAUCAGGGCCCCUCUGGCUCAAAUGAGAAAGUGAUCCAAAUUACAGGGCGAAGGGCCAGAUCAGCAUCUUACUUGCUGUAGGCUUUACAGCUAAUAUCUUUAGUAUACACACACCAGUAUAUUGCAGUAUGACUCUGUAUCCCCUACAGGGACUGCAGCCUUUUUACCCAAAUACAGAACAGGAACAGGAACAUUGACCAAGACACCUGCUUCAUACAGUAACCCAGAACAGCCAGUAUAGUGUCUCUCUUUGUGCUUUUAUGUCUCUUUCUCAACCCCACAGUCCUUCCAACAGGGCAGGUCAAGCACUUGCUGCCAGCUGCAGUCACUCUCUCUCUCUCUCUCUGAUGUUUUCUCAUUACAGAGUCUUGUCUGAGGGUUUGAUUAUGCUGCUUUUCAUGUCUGAGAGUAGGGAUGCACCGAUUUGAUAUUUGAUAUCGGUAUUGGUCCCGAUACUGAAGAAAAUUCUAGAUCGGUUAUCGUGACAAUGGACCCGAUGCAUAGGGGCCGACCUAUUCAGUCUAACUCUAUGCUAUGCGCCGUGAGUGGCAUCCACAAGUAAACACGCUGAGUGGACUGUCUUGAAUUUUAUCACAAUACCUUAGCCUACAAGCUCGACGGCCACUUCAGUGCAGCUUUUCUGUAUCGGAAUUGGAUCUGUAUCGGCCGAUACUAAACUGUAGAUAUCUGUAUCUGUAUCGGAAGUGACAAAAGCGGAUCAGUGCAUCCCUAUCUAAGAGGCAUACUCCUGUUGGUGUUAUUUUGUCUAGAACUGAUGCUCUUCAGCAUGUGCCACUGGCUCCAGAAUUAGAAGUCAUCACAGUAUUCAGUGGUAAGGGUUUGAACACUAAAAAAACAGCUGCUGAACAGAGAAACCUGCCUAUUAGAGAAAAAUUUGCUCCAGUGCUCGGCCUUGGUUGCACAAAAGGAUACUCUUUAUAAAACUUAAGAAAUAGUGGCUGAAGCCGGGCUGCAGGCUAUUGAAUUUAAGCUCACUAUUGUAAUACUGAGCCAGUAGUCUGUUGGAACGCUAUAUUUUUUUUUAUAUAGCGGAUUAACUUAAUCCCUGAGAUAUAGCCCCAGUGCCCCGGCCUUAUAGCUGCUCUGCUCUGAGAAUAUCUACAGAGCGGGCUGCAGUGUGUUAACGGUCAUAUUUCUUUAGCAUUGGUUUACUGGUUUUCUUUAGUACAGUUUGUAAUAGCUGUCACACUCAGUCCAAAGUGUGAGAGACAGCUUUGACUGAGCUGACGCUUUGAUGGAACCAAAAAUCUAUCACCAUAAUAGCAAACCCUCGCAGAAGAGGCAGCUCGUCCCCUUCUCCUUCCCCCGGGCGGUCUCUGUGCUCUGUCUCAGGUAUAAGGAAGAUGCAAUUCAGCAGUUCAUUCUGUCAUCCAAUCUGAUAAACACACAUAGGGGAAUAGUAGUAUGUUUUGUCCUCCACUUUCUAAAUUGACACCAUUAAGCUCUUAAGUUGUGUAGGUAGGUGAUGCUUCACUGGUAAGCUGUGGUCAUGCUGUUUUGUGUGUCUUUAAAUAUACUAUUCAGGUUAUUUUCAAGUUUUUUAACUCUACUUGCUGUUAUUUCUAUGAAUAUUUAAUGAUGUCUAACUGAGCCAGAGCUGGGAGCUGGGGUACUUUUUCCAUCUACCAGAGCGUGCUCCACACCUGAGGAAGCCUUCAUCUCUUUAAUCAAGCUAGCACAGGCUCUGGAGUAGAGCUAAAACAGACCAAAUAUGUAGGAAUACUGUGUUAUCAAUAUUCUGCAUAAUCAGGGUUAGUUAAUGUUGUUGUUGUUCAGAGAUUCAUCUUGACUAGACAACUAUUGUUUUGUCAAAAAUGUAAAGUCAGUGUCUAAGAUAUCUGAGAUUGAUGUUCAGCAAAAUUUUGGAUCGCGAUGUAAAAACGGUCCAGAAGAUCUGUUGUAUUUAUGUUGUAUGUAAGCUAGGGCUGUCCCGAUUCGAUAUUGAUUGGAUAUCGGUCCGAUAUCAGCCAAAAAACAAAUUUCGGAUUAUAUCAGCCUGCAUCUAAAACCUCCGAUAUCAGCACUCCGAUACAAGCAGUCCAUUCCAGACUCCACUCCGGCACCUCUAUCUAGCAGCGCCUAGAUCCAGCAUGCAGAGCCCACAUGAUCACAACAACGGUGUGUACUCAGGUACUAACAAAGUACCAAGGAUUAGGAGUGAUGUUGGCCCUGUGGCAGUAUUUUCCAUUAAAGUCCGAAAAAGACGUUGUUGCUGAGUGCAAAACUCGUCAUGCACAAGUUGUGCGAUUAUCGGAUCAAUUUCAGUAUUGGCCGGUACUGAAAGCUACAAUAUCGGUGUCGUAUCGGAGGCCAAAAAGUUGUAUCGGCUACGGCCCGAUCGAUUUAUUGGCGAGCCAAUUAAAUCAACCGAUUUUAGCCCGUUUGAGACUAAUCGGUAAUCGGCCAAAGCUCACCGAUUUUCGCAGAUAUUUUCAGAAAUAAAAUGUGGAGAAUAAGAUUCAGUUUCACUUCGCAGAGUCUGUGGCAGUCUUCACAAGGACCCACAUCCUAACAGUAUCUUCAAGAACAAGGGCUUAAAGAAGAUGGUUCUCUAACCAGAACCGCGCUACCCAGUACCAGCACAGAGAUAUACGACAGUAGUUCUGCUGACAAAGCUAUAAGAAGAGAGCAGUUGUAGAGUCUUCAUUUAUGUAUGAUGGUUGGACCUCCAGAGUAAAGGACUCCUCUGAGACAAUCACGUCCCAUUUCAUUUUUAAUGAGUGGGAAAUUGUGUCAGAUGUUCUGCACACUCCAGCUAUGCACACAAGCGAUGUAAGAGACUUGUCACAAAGAAUGUACACAUGAUUAUUUUAUACGUAUAAGGAGGUAUAAUGAAUAAUCUGUGCAUCUCUGUCAUCUGUGCAUGUUAAUAGAUUGUUAUUUAAUCAUAUUGGUCAAUAUUGAAAUAUCUUUCAUUGAAUCAAAAUGGAGUUGUGAGAGACUUGAAAUUACCCAGCUACAGGGUUAACAUAGUUUGCAUAACCAGCUUGAUUGGUCAUUUUUUUUAGAAACAGAUACGGUUUAUCAUGUAAAACAGCUGAUGAGAAUCUCUCAUCAUUAUACACUGAUAAGAGCUAGAAAAUAAUCAAGGCAUAACACAUGCUUAUUAUGCAAAUUUUAAUUUUCCUGGAGCAAUAUGCAUAUUGCAGAGGUGUAAAAAUGUUGCCUGAUUAACUUGAUUAAUUAUGCAUGUUUGGAACAUGUGUGAAACGUCAGAGCGUAUUAGAAGUGACCGCAAGCGUUAGAUGGAUGAAGGUCAGCAGCAAAGUGCUAGCUCAUCUGGAUCCAGGCUCGGACCGUGUUGUGGUGGUCCCGGAUCAUUAACUUUAGUGCGGAGGAGAAUUGGCAGUCAGUGUCAGCAAUGCCACCCUCAAGACUCCAUUCCCCUCCUGUCACGGUUUCUGUCUUCUCACUCUCUUUCACUCCUGCUCUUUCCCACCCUCUGAUCCGACCCCCUCCUCCCCUGCUGUUUCUCUUUCACUCUCCAAAUAUUAACAGGGUCAUUUGAACGUCCUACAUUGCUGGGAAGUUGUGAUGAUGUCAGCUGCUCUGCGCUGAUCUCUGAGUGGCUCUUUUGGAAAACGCAGACUCAUUUAAAUGAUACCAGCUGGGAUUUUCUGGUAAACACCGGCUCUGUGACUGCCGUAUAUUGUGCGAUCUAAUAAAGAAGCAGUAACACUAUUGGAAUUAGUAGUCGGGAAAGGAAGAGUCUUUGUUUUGACUUUGUUCUUAAGGGGGGGUCCUACUAAAAAGCUCUUCUUCUAUAGCCAGUGACAAACGCAGGGGCAAUGUCUGUUUACAGCCCUCUGCACUGUAGAUUACUGAGAUGGAUGACUCACUGCUGAUGGGAUCCCUCAUUUAUAUCCCGGUGGAACAAGCUCUCUGAGUCAGCUGCCUUCUGUUUCAACCUUCACCUCAUCACCAUGAAAAGAAUAAACCUUUCUUGAUGCGAAGGUUGGAAAGGAAAUUUUCAGAGGAAAUGUGUCACCUGCCCACUCACUCGGUGAGCUUCAUUGGACAGAGAAAAGGGGAAUAAAGCCUCUUAUCUUUUGCUCGGUGCACCCCACAGUUCAAAAGCAACCUGAAUACUUUUGUUUCUGCACCACGGCUACAGCUGCUUUGCAUGCUCAACCCCCUUCAAAACUCCUUUGUGCUUGUGACCCUGCUGACCUGAUGUUCCCACCAUGGGUGCCCAUAUAGGCACAACCAUUCAUGGCAUGCUGGGAAAAGAGAAACCCAACAGGCUAACCCGUUGGCUUCGGGGGGAAAAAACUGCUCAUACUUUUUGAAGAGGAAUUAGUUAUUUUCCAUGACUAUCAGAGAACACUGCGGCCAAACCCGAGGCUACAACUGAAAGUCCAAUUCAUGCCACUCCUUGUGACACCAGUUUUAUAAUACUGGUUUUACUAUGACAUUGUGGUGAGAUUAUAGAUGGGAGGAUAUUCCAGACAAGCCUUAAAAGCCAUACAUAUGAAUCCCAAGUAAUUAGACAACAAAUGUUGUAUACAGGACAGGUAACGAUGCCUUGUAAGCAACAUACAAGCUACCUCAGUUUCAGUCUGAAAACGUGAGGGGAAUGCAGACAUGUAGAGUGUUUACUGUGAGACAGCUCCACUUUCAGCUCAAUUUGAAUGUGUUUAUUUUUUCGGUGCAGAAGCUGAAGGCUUUCACAUUCCGCUUCUAUCAGUGACAGCUUCAUCGAGAGAGUUCAUUUCUUUUUAGAUAGCCCUAAACCGGUCUCCACUACCAUCUGUCAGUCACAUACUGUCAUACACAUCCAGCAUCUCCAGAGCCCUCAGUAGUUUGCCUCUUCAGAGUUAUUGGCAGGGGCAUUUAGAAUGAGUGUGUGUGUAUGUGUGUGUCCCUUGUGUCAGUGUUGGAUAGAGGGAUCUCUCACAGUGGUGACAGCAGUAGUUAGCAGUUAGAUGGCACGGGCUGAAAUGGAAUUCUGCUAUUUCCCCCUUUUCUCUGUUGAGGACUGAGAGCUGGGAAACAGAGUCUGCUGUUAUCUGUGGCCCCUUUUGGACAUGUACCCAUUUAUUUUAAUCUGACAAUAAUUAAACUUAUCUUUCACUCGACUGAGUCACUAACCUGUCUCUUUAGGGUGGAAGACUCUUGGUGCUUUUAGUUUGUUAGACUCAGUAAGAUAUUUGAAUCCCUUUAUUUUUUUUUGAAGUUUUUUAGUUUUAGUUUUGAUCUUAAACUGAUAGGAUAGUAUUACGGAGUAUUAGGGCCACAUUAAGAAAAAAAAAUUAAAGACUUUGAGAUUAAAGUUGUUAACUUACGAGAAUAAAGUCAUUAUUAACAAGAAUAAAGUUGUAAUAAAGUAAUUACAAGAGUAGAGUCGCAAUGAAAUCAUUACUUACAAGAAUGAUGUUGUAAUAAAAUCUUUCCUUACAAGAAUUAAGUUGUAAUAAAGUAACUACGAGACUAAAGUCGUACUAAAAUCUUUACUUACGAGAAGUGAGUCGUAAUAAAGUAAUUACUUACGAGAAUAAAGUCCUUAUAUUCUAACCUGUUGUUUAAGAUGACAGUUGUUGAAAUGAGAGCCAUGGAGCAUUUUGUGAAAUGUACUUCAAUAAAGGUUUCUCAAACAGGGAGAUCCUUUAUCUUUUGGCACAUCAGCACCACAUUAUCAUAAGUAUCAUAAUGAUUUUAUUACAACCUUAUUCUCGUAAAUUAACUUUAAUCUCGAAGUCUUAAAUUUUUGUUUUUCUUAAUGUGGUCCUAAUACUCCGUCGUAGGAAAGCCCUCACAAAAACAACAAUAAAAAUCAUUUCAGCCAAGUGCAAACAGUAUAAAAUUAGUAAUAAUGCUGACAGGCAUCAGUAGUGUCCUCAUAUUUGGAGUGGUUAUCUCCAAAGGCAGAGAAAGUUUUCAAAUCCAGCACAGAGGCAGCCUGUGAGAGAAAUCUAGAAACACAUAGUUUAACUCGGCAAAGAAAUCUCACAACAUGUACAGAGACUACAGCCUUCCAGGUAGUGACCCUGUGUUUGAGUUCCACCCACAGCCCACUUUUUUUUAUGUCAUUCCAUAUUCUCACUUCCCUGUUCCCAACUCUGUCCUUGUCAUUUAUGGAAAAUUUAUUGCAGCCCAUUUCGUCUGUCUACCUCUCCUCUCACAGGGUGAAAAAUAUCUAGCAAGGAUGCAGCAAUGACAUAAUACUUGGACUUUAACAAACUCUCUCACCAGAGAGAGAUAAGUCCACAAUUACAGGGAAUUAUCUUGAUGUUCACGUUGCAUCCAUAAAAGCCACUAGGAAUCCUCUAUCUGGUGUUGUUAUUUAACUUCUUUAUCUAAUCUGCAUGUGUGUGUCUGCCUCCCCCUCCCCUUCCCCCUCCCCUCUGUUGUCCCCAGAUGUUCCUGACAGUAUACCUCAGUAACAAUGACCAGCAUUUUACUGAGGUUCCCGUUACCCCGGAGACCCUGUGCCGAGACGUGGUGGAGCUGUGCAAGGAGCCAGGGGAGACGGACUGCCACCUAUCUGAGAUGUGGCGUGGAUCUGGUGAGUGACAGUACCAGUUCACCCAGUAUUGUCAUUGUUUACCUACAGGGUGCUAUACAAAAGAGUUUCAGACAUGUUUUGUUUGUGGAAUAUGACUGAAUCCCGAGAGACAAGCUAGUCAGUGUGCAGACACUUGUUUGUCUUCUUCUUUUAAUUAGAGGGAAAUUGCCUCUCUGAAGUCAACUAUAUAUGGAGAUUAGCUGUGUGGUCAACUGCAUGGCGAUUUCUUUUUGAAGCGCUUAUCUUCUCUACAAUGCAAAUGAAGCAGAGCCCAUAAUCCCCGCAAUAAACAGUCUCCCUGAUAUAUCCCACAUCUCUCAAGAUUCCGUGCCUUGCCCAUUUUUCCCCAUCUUUGAGUGUCAGGGGGUAUUCAGAAUCAAAGCUCAAGGAGCCAGGCCUCGGAGCUGUUUCCAUGGUGAUGCCGCCAUAAGGGUGUAGAAAGUGCCAAUUAUUGUGUUUGAGUACUUCCACAAGUAGUCUGAAAAGAGACGGUAACUGAUGAAAAGAUUGUCUCGAUUUGCAGCCAUUGCUUCCUGCAGACUACCAAUGACUCUCCUUCAAACAGCAAUGACAUUUUGUGUCAAAAGUAGAUGUAAAGCUAUUUAUAAACCUGCAUAUUACUGUUGUACCCGAUUUGUUUUUCAGUCAUGCCACGGUAAUAGAUCGCUUUCAUUGACCUCUACUUGACUGUAGUCUGUCAGUCCAUUUGUGUAAUGAAACGGUCCAAAGCAGGUUGAAGGAACUCUCUGAGGAAUGGAUGAUGAGCCCUUUUGGCUUGGUACCAGCUGGAAUAAUUGACAACACAUCACAGUGGUUUUCCCAGAGGUCAUUGCUCAGAGGGAUCAACUAGAUGCUGAUAGAGCUGAUGAAAUGAUUCUCCUUUCAGUGCAGGCCAGCGGUGUCAGACUAGAGGUUGGACAAGUUUCACAAGGCAAACCUCCCGUGAAAACCUGACCUACAUUGGUGUUAUCACAAGCUUUGACCCCGUUAAGCUGAAUUUAACGAGUAUUUACACAUAUCAACUUCAUGGGUGUGUUUUUGCCUCACUCCUCCUGAGCCUUGAUGUUGUCUUGUGUGAUCGGUAUGCAGAGCGAGCUGUAGGUGACGGGGAGAGAAUGCUGGACGUGCUCCAACGAUGGGGACAACACAGGUCAGAAGUGCGCUUCUUCCUGCGUCACAAUCGAGCCCCCAGCAGGGACUCAGGUAAGUGUUUAAACCCAACACGCUACAUUCAACAAACAAAGUAAGGGGAGCUUUUUUUGCACAAUAGAGCUUCUUUUGGAAAAGUGCCACCCUUUAGACAAAAGCAUUUGGCACCAGUGUAAUAAACUCCAGAAAUGCCUGCAGCCCUUGACCAGACAACCCCUCCGGUGUAAAGCUUUCAUGAAAACAUAAUAACAGCCUGCGAAAAUCUGGAAUAAACCAGACCAUCUCUAACACUGCAGAGGUUUGAAAAAGGUCACAACUGCCUUGAUCCAGGGCAGGGUUUUACUUUAGUGGGCUACAAAUCCCAAACAAGCCUUAUUUAGUCUUAGUGUUAGAGGGACGGCUGAACGCGGGGUGUGUCAGCGACAUCGUCAUAAGCCUUUUACUUUUCAGUUUUCUUAGGAGUGCAGAAAACUCAAGUAUUUCGGUCGUGUGGUAUCCUCUCAGCUCUUGGUUGCAUAACUUAAGCCCUUUUACCCCUCACAGCUUGAGUCUGGCCCAGGGAUUAGAUGGCUGUUUUCCCUUCCUGUUAUCUUAGCCUGCUCUUGUUUUCCCACACUGUUAGCUUAGCCUUAGUCAGUCUUUACUGUAUAUUUUGGUUUUCCCUUUUUCUGUUGUUAUGAAGUUAUGGGUACAGUAUUGUCACCUGUUUCUAUGGUGUCCAUAUUUUGAAGGAAUUGUUGUGGUGUAGAGUCAACCUUAAACUUUAUUGUUUACAUUCUUGGCGCUGUGCGGGCAUUUCUCGUCAGCGCCAGGUCAGGACAAAAGGUUGAUUCUUUUAAGUAAUAAACCAGCUAAAUUAUCACCCACUUAGUGUCCUAAUAAGGUCACUUACUGAAUGUUGUGUUUACGCGCACUCUUGGCAUGUAUUUAAAAUGCACACUGUAUGUCAAGGGUCUUCUAAAGCCAUUAUGCAAGCCGAAGGGCUUUGGUCAUAGGCCAAGGCUUUAAGGACAGGAUCUGACUGGCCAGACGCCUCCCUCUCCAGCCCCCCACCUGGUCAGCUGUCAAAUGCCGGCUGCAUGAUUGGAUCAAAGUGCAUUCAUGUAGACAGACAAGCUCAUACGCAGUUGUGAGACCUCCCGCCAGACGGUUAUGUAUUACGUUAAAUCCUGAGAUUAUUGCAAGUCUCAAAGAGCACUGAUCCCAGUUGUUUCCCAGAGGAGCUAAGAUCAUUCAGCCCUAGCCUGUCUGUUGGCCCGGCGCUCCACUGAUCUACACCCUCCUCUGCAGAGAAGAGGCGUGCACCUGAGUGUGUAACCUUGUUUGUCAGAGGCAGUGCAGGCAGGAAGGCAAGAGAAACGUCCAGUCGUUUUUCACAGCUGUCUGUUUUAGGACAGUGUUGUGUUAGUUUGGCCUGUUUUUGCUUUAGACUUGGGUGAGACUGUCCACUUUCAUAAAGCUCUGCAUUAGAUUGUACUGUCUGAUGGAGAUUUUUAUCAUGCCUUCUACCUAGGGGGGUCAAGAGGCUCAGAGCUGAAGAGGAAUGGAGUGAAGGGUCCUCCAGAUAGAAGAAUGGAGAACGGGGUAAGUCUUUUUUAACAUCUUUUAAAAUGUGUGCUGUAGCAGGAUGCUGUCAGUGUCUUUUUUUUUUUGUUGGAUGGAAAUAGAGGAAAAACAUCAUAACAUGUUAAAUCUUCUCCAGUUUUGUCCUUCGUACCUGUUAUACUUUGUUUUACUCUAUGUUUAAAUGUGCUUAAUGUAAGUGGUUUCUAUACUUUAAUGCACCAAAAUGGAAUAACAUUAGAUUUACUGUUAAACCUCCAUAGUUCAUCACUGUGAACGUGUUUGCACAUCAUUACUCGAAUGUGGGUCAUAGAUUUGAUAAUAACACAAAUUUAGUUGCCUAGAAUAAUGUUUUGUUUACUUAUCAACUAGCCGCCAAGUCCUCCAGGGAUAUGAAUUUAUUCAACUCAUGAAAACAUCCUGCAGUGUAUCAAUGCAAACAGAAAUUUAAUCAGACAUUACAACACUGACAAACAGUUUAUAUAAUUGUCAACCUGCGAGUGUCACCUUCCGGGUAAUGACUGUUGUCCUACAAAUCUUGCCAACACACAGAUGCCUCCUUUGCUCUCCUCUGAGGGUUUUGAUAGAAAAAGUGAAGGAUUGUUUCACUUACCUCCUGCUUUCUGCUUUUUAAAACAUAAAUGCAUUUUGCUUCUUUUGCUUUUCUGACUUCAAGCUAGGGCUGGGUGAUAUGGCCUUAAAUCAAUAUCAUGAUAUAUUGAGCAGUUUAUCAGUUUAUCUUUAUAUUUAUAAAUGGAUGAUAACUUCUCCACAAGCUGCUCACCCCCUCCCACAUUUACUUCGGCUACUUCAGCGGCCGCUCCAGUCGCUCCAACUUUUGAACCGUCUUCCAUCUCCUCACCUGUCUUUCCCUCUUUGUUACUGACUGGAUGAGGUUGAGUCACGUGUCCAACGUAGUACAGCGUCUUACAGGGACAUGAGACCAUAGCCUACCUACCUGAUGUCGGCUACUGUCGUACAUUUCAGUAUCUGUAAUUUUUUAGUUUAUCGCCCAGCCCUACUGCAAGCCUACACUUGUGUUGAAAUAGAUCUUAAAUCAUUUCCAGAGUCCUUUGAAGAUCCACACAAGAAUGAAUGAUCCCUUUUACACUCUCUCUCUCUUUCUCUGUCCCUUCCAAGGUGGCAACCCCUCGCAUGGACAUGACGCUGGCCGAACUGCAAGAGAUGGCUGCCAGACAGCAGCAACAGAUUGAAGCUCAACAACAGCUUCUCGCUUCGAAGGUACAAAAAGAAGAAGAAGAAGUGGAAGAUGAAAGGAGAGAUGGGUGGAUACAGGGGACAGGAAGAGGUUAAGUGGAGGAGAUGAAAGCCAAAGCUAAGGGAAGGAAAUAAAAAAAUGGAAGAAGAUUAAAGAGAGGGUUAUUUAGAGGAAAGAGGAGAUGGUAAACAAGCUGAAAAUGCUAAAUCAAGUCUAGUGCACUUAGAGAAAUAGAGAUCCUCAGAUGUAGUGCUUGUGUUGAUUGUGUGUGAUGGGCUGGCUGGACGAACUGCUGAUGGUUGCAGGUGUAGUGUUUAUAAUUUGAGAAGCCUGAGACAGCUGCCUCCAUGUAGUUCUCACCACACUAGACUCACCUGGUAUUUGAAAGUGUUUUUCCUCUUGCUUUGAACUUGCUUCUCGUUCUGCUCAGGGUUAAUUGAUGAUGGUAGGAGAACAUGUGACAGAAGAACAGGAAAGAUUUCAUUAGAUUCUUGGCUGACCAUUUCUGCUCCCAUGUUGUUAAAGCACUUGAAUGUUUCCAUUCUGCUGAUCUGGAUACAUGCUGAGCUUCAAGAUAACUUUGAGAAAGUCAUCCUAAGAUAAGAAAGUCAUGUCUCUUUCUUUAUGCUGUUCCCAAAUUAUGCCCCUGAGGCAACAACCUGUGUGAAGACACUUUAGUAUGUGCGCCUGAGGAUGAUGAAGCAAGUCAAGGAAUGUUUCUUCAAGCAGUCAAGUACAGUUGCACAAGUCAAGUAAACAGACAGGCAUUUCCAUCAGCACACAUGACCUGCAACAGUUCCGGAAAGAGACUGUGUUGCUCUCAUUUUAGAACCAGUUUGUUUGAGCUUCUGUGUUCAGUACACAGUGUAAUACUGGCUAUUGUUUGUUCAAGUUUAGCACUAUUUGGUUUCUGAGAAUGUUGUUUUUAAACUUUUUAUCAGGCAUGUUAAUAUAAAAAGAAUUCAUAACAGGAAACCGCAGAAUGAUUUUAUCUUUACAACAGCUCUUUUACUGCCAGCUCCUCAGCAUCUCAGCAAAAAUAUGCAGUCUAGUGUCUUGCCUAAGGGUACUUGGACAGGAGCUUUUCAGGAAAGCUUACUCAGCGGUGUUUACUCAAAAAGAGUUUACAGGGAUGUCUUUAAUUAUGUCUCUGACAUUUGCUCCAUGUUCUUCCUCUUUUUUCUAUCUUGUCUCUCUAGGAGCAGAGGUUACGGUACUUGAAGCAGCAGGAGCAACGUCAGCAGCAGCAGGCCUCUGAGCAGGAGAAACUGCAGCGUCUCAGAGAGAACAUUGAGAACCAGGAAACUCGACUCAAGAAGGUCAGAGCCCUCAAGGGCCAAGUGGAGCAGAAACGUCUCAGCAAUGGCAAACUGGGUAAGCUCACAGACUGUUUCGAUGUGUAAAUUGAUGCCUCCUUUAUAGCUGCAUGAUCUGGAUUUGGUAAAUUUCUUGUCUUCUCUCUACCUUCUGUGACCUGUUUCCACCUCCCACUCCUCCUUAUCCCUUCCCUCUUCAGUGGAGGAGAUAGAGCAGAUGAAUAACCUGUUCCAGCAGAAGCAGAGAGAACUAGUGAUGGCCGCUUCCAAGGUUGAGGACCUCAGUCGUCAGCUGGAAUUGCUAAAAAAUGGCAAAAUGGACAACUUCCAUGAUAACCAGAGCUCUGUGGCUGAGCUGGACCGCCUCUACAAAGAGCUGCAGGUUUGCAAAACAAAAAUUUACUAAAUCAAAAAUGAAAAGACUACUCUCACCUUCAAACUCCACAGAUGUGAUAUUUCAUUGUACCUUUAUGUCUUCUCUUUAUUUGUGGUCAGCUGAGGAACAAGCUCAAUCAAGACCAGAACUCGAAGUUACAGCAGCAGAGAGAGAGCCUGAACAAGCGCAACUUAGAGGUGGCCUCCAUGGACAAACGGAUCAGUGAGCUUCGAGACCGUCUGUGGAAGAAGAAGGCAGCACUGCAGCAAAAGGAGAACUUACCUGUAAGUGCAGCCAAACCACUUCAAAUAGCCUCAUACAAAUCCUUGUCACGGGUCAUCUCUUAUUUUGUGGACGGAGCACAUGCAGCUCUUUGUUUUAAUAAGGUUUUCUCAAUUUGUCAGGCCUGUUACAAUUCAGAACUGCAAAGAAGUGGUGGAUUUGGUUUUGAUCAGAGCUCCCUCUAGUGGCCUUUCAUAAAUAAAGGCUGUUUGUAUCUCUUUUUACCUCAAAUAGCCUCAUAUACCCUGGCAUGCAGAACCAUCCAAUGCCAACGUAAGGAUCCGUAACCUCACUAUUUUUUGUGUUGGGAAAUCUUUUCACUCAAAGGAGACAACUCUUCUCCGCCUUCUUCCUCUCUCUGAUUUGUCUGCGUGAGAUUUAGCCGGUGGGGAUUGAUUGUUGUUUUGAUCAUGUCACAGAGUCGCAUCAGAGUUCACGUUUUCUUCUCUCAGCUGUGUUUUCAGUCCCAUUUGACAGAAACAACUCCUGAAGAUGAGAGAGGGGUAAUGAGCGCAGGCUGGCAUCACAGGCAGGCAGGAAUGUCAGGGGAGAUGUUAUCUCUUUUUUUCUGCAUGCACGCUCGACAGAAACAGGAAGAGGGAAAUAACUGGAUUAUUAAAGGCACACAGCCCUCUUACAAAAAGAUUUUUAAAUCAUAAUUUCUUUUUUAACCAAAGGCAGGAUGAGAUUUACCAACUAGUAGGCUGCAUAGUUCAGUCUUUGUACCAAAGGUGUCUGUUUUGGUUCUGAACUCACUGUGAGUGGUGUGUCCUUGCCCCCCUGCUCCUCUGCCUCUCUCUCCUCUCUCUAGAAGUUGUUUUUUUUUAAACACAAGUUGCCAUGGGACUACAACUAAUAGUCAACAGACCCAUCCCUGAAACAGACUGUGCACGAGAAAAACUCACUGCAUGAGGUUGCAAGCUUUUCUACAGACAGGAUUUAAAAGAAAACUAUCAUCUGAUUGGAUGAUAAAUGAUUUCAUGUUUUUCUUUUCAAUUAAUCUCUUUGAUUACAUGAGGUUUUAAAAUGAUCUCUACAUAGGGAGCUAUCUUAUUAUGUUUGCCUGAUUCUUUUAUAUUUGGGGUUAUUAAUAUAUAUCAUUGUUAUUAACCUUCUUUCCUUCAACUAAAUUAACCACAUAAAUUGCCUUUUGUAAUUUAAUGCUGUGUCAUAACCUUUUAAGAAAAUAAGUGCUUUAUAUUCACGACCAUUCGAAAUGUUCUCUUUUAUGUGUUGUAGUAUAAUAAAGUGUCGUCCCUUUAGUAGGCAGCCUUUAAUGUUUACUAAGCAAAUCCAGUGCAGAAUAUCUAAGUGGCCUAUAUGUUGGAUCGUUAAAAAUUCAUGUUAUAAUAGAGAUUUAACAUAUUCCUCAGUAACUCAGCGGGAAACUUUCUAAGAUAAAUGAGCAACUUGCUCAGUCAUGCAACUUUAAAGGAGCCCAGCUCUCCUUUUGAUGUCCCCUUGGCAUAUGCAGUAUAAUAAAGUUAGAGCUAAACAGUGAAAAGGUGCAUGCAAGUCUGUGGGUGUAUGUGCUUUAGAGAUGAAGGCCUGAAUAGGGCCUAGUGAGGAGGUGAUUUGUCCACACCCUGCCUGGAAUCAUAAUGAGCAGGCCUUUUUCACUUCAGCACAAAGACACACUCCAUCCAAGCUGCUCUCUCCUCCAACCAAACAGCAAGUGUCUGGCUGACAUCACCCAGAAAGCACGUUUCAACACACUGACUGGAGAGAGGUAGCCUGAGAGCUACCAGGCUGUAGUCAUCCUACGCCGUCUUAAAAAACAGAGUUUAGGAAACACUUGGAAAAGGCUCGUUUUAGAGUAGGGGAAAAAAAGGGAUUAUUUGGUAUUUUGAACUGUUGUUGCAUGUUUGUGCUUUUGUUUUUUUCAAGAAUGGCUAUCCUGGUAAAGAGAGGGCUUCAAAAGACACUCAUCUUCAGGUAACUAAACUAGUAUUGGAGCUUAACUUAUUUAUCUCUUUUCUUUCUGAUCUGAACUUUUGAGCAUGACUUGGUACAUCCGAUUUCUUGGUUGAACAAGCAAAGUGAGCCACGCUGGUCUUUGCUUUUAAAGUGACAGUUUGUGAUAAUGUCAACUGCUGCAGAAAGAGAUUCUUGUUCAAGGGAUUGAGCCAUACCUGGAAACGUGGUUUAAGUCCUAACCCAAGUUUUUUUUUUUUUUUCUUUAAAGGUUACAAUGAAACGUCAGUUCUCCUGUAAGAUGAUGCUUAAAAAACAUACAAGCUUUAAACUUUGCUUUUGAUUAAAAAAGUGUCUAGUGUCGUAAUCUGUAGCGUUUUAGAGAUGGUGCUGUCUGGGAGGAUUCUACUUCACGGAUCAUGGGUGGAGAUCCCUCCGUCUUUCAAGCUUUUUAGAUUCUAAUACUCAAAGAUUUCACAUUUGGUGUUUUUAAGAUAAAAUGACGACACUUUGACAGUCAAUAGAAUUUUAUUUUUGUAGCACCAAUUCAUAACAAAUGUUAUCUCGAGACACUGUACACAAAGAGCAAAUAAAACCUCUGUGAACGAAAACUUACGGCUCCUGUUGCCUGGAACUUUUUCUUUAUAGGCAGAAACCUUCAGCAAGACUAUGAUUUUGUAGAUCAGCCAUCUGUCUCCACUGUGUCAGGCUUAAACAAUGGAAUAGAGGAAGAUGCACAAAGAGAGAAUCUGAUAGAGACAAACAAACAGAACAACAACAACAGAUAAAACAAACAGCUUUGUCCUUUCCCAAGCUUUUGGCCUUGUGUCUGUUCUCCUUCAAAUCCCUGACAAUCGUCUCACAGGAAGAAGGAUCAUCAGACUUGAACAACAAGGAUGAACACUAAAUUUUGUUAACACCUUCACAAUAGCCAUAAAAGAUUCUUUCAAUGCCAGUAAGAACUUGUCCUGCUCUGGCGCCACUCUUUUUUUUUUUAUCUUGAUGAAAGGAUCUUUAAAGAUAAUUGUUUCUCAUCCACCACACAUUUUUUUUGUGUUAAGAGCUUCUAUAGACUUGAAGAGUUGUUAUUCACUGCAUUGGUAUUAACAAUUUCAGCAUGCUUUCAGUAACACUCAUCUGAAUCUCCACAAUCAACACCCAAACAGUAAAGUAUCUGAGGUAACUUUAUGUCAUCUAUAUAUUAAUGUGUGUUUUCUCUCUUCUACCUCUGUAGCUGCCUUCCGAUGGCCAAGCCGGACAGCAGUCAGGCCCAUCUCGAGUGGCGGCGGUCGGCCCAUACAUCCAGUCGUCCACAAUGCCCCGGGGCCCAGUGAGGCACGAGCUGCUUGUAAAACCAGCUUACCCUGACGGAACCGCCACCCUACCUUCUCACGACCUGCAGAGCAAGGCUGGUACAGGUGAGCAACAGCGGAGUAACACCGGAGAUUACUUAAAUCUGUGGUGAGGCUGAUGUGACUUCAGGCCUUCAAUCAUCUUUAAAAAGCUUUCUUGGCAGCAGAGUUAAAAAUGGAAAUCUAAGUCAAAGUCAUGGCUAUUAAAGAAAACAGAAUUGUGUCUUAGACUUUACAGAUCUUUUAGAAAUGACUAUUUUUUGUUUUUGUGCGUGUCUUCUGUGAUAAUAAUGUCCUGCAUCCAGCAGGAGUGAAGGAAUCUGGGACACCCACUGAGUAUGAUGUCACUCUGAGCUCUGAAGGUAGCAGGUUACCUCCUGGAUGGUGUGUUGUGACCUUGAACUGCUGAGCCUGAAAAUCACAAUCUGUGCUUUCUGGCACGUUUCCAAAGAACCUCAGAUUUUUUGCAGUGAUUUUCUGUUGUGGUGUGUUUCUCUUUAUUCUGUCCUUUUUCAAAAUCAGCAAUAUCUGGUCUUGAGUUGAGGAAGGAUGUGGAGGAAUGAAUAGAUGUUUUAAAUAAUGAUUAUAGUUUAUUCUCUUUACUCAGCUUCUUGGAGUCAGAGUUUGACUUGUUGCUUGGUCCACAUUGCUCAGCAUCCUGCAAUUUCAAAGUUAUUAUCUGGUAAUUGAAGUUUAUUUGUUGUCAGAUAUCCUGGCUUUGUAUGAGAGCAGGAUGCUGAUUUAUCUCCUUUUUAAUAGAAAAAUAAAGACAAAAAACAGACAGUUUUUUUGUUUUUGUUUUUUGAAGUAAGGAGAGAAAGUGCAGAGUAAGCUGUUGUUGUUACAGCACCUUCUCCCCAUGGACUGCAGCAGGCUGAGUGCUGUUUAAUAGAGGGGAACCAAGUCUGUUCAAACCACUGAUGGACCAAAGCAACAUAUCCCAUUUAAAGACGUUCUCCAUGCAGCCCGUACACAGCAUCCUGCUCUCAUGCUCUAUACUGUAUUCUUGCUUUCUUAGCCUUAACUCAGUCCCCCUGGGGGCAGGGGGCCAGCACUACACGUCAUGUGUUUAAAAAUGAAUAAUCGUCUGACACUAAAUUAAGUCAUCACAAAACAAAAGCAGAAGAGAUCCUAACCCCCUCCCUCUCUCUCUCAGCUCAUGUCUUCCCUUUUAAUGUAGCUCUUUGUACAAUAAGUUAGAGUAACAGACUCUCUCCGCUCUGACUGUUAUGAUAUUGCACGCAAUGAUUUCUGCAUGCUGAAUUGAUUUGCAGUAUAGAGGAAAGAGAGAACAAGAUGGGAGGGGAUGCAGGAGAAACUCCUCUACUAUACAUCUGUUCUUAGUUUCUCUGUAGUAAGGUUCAUGUCCACAAUGUGGAGAGGGAUCCUUGAGGCUAUGACGGUCUCUUUGUGGCCCUUCAGGGGAAGCCCUACCUGGGUUCAACCAACAGCAUGUUUGGAGCAAAGAGAGAUCUAAGGCUAUUCUGUUUUUCUUGUCUUUUUUUUUUUAAUGCAACUUCCUCAGAAGCCAUGUUCUUGUUUAAGCCUCUGAAAGAGCUGCGGGCAAAGAGAAAAGGUACACACUUGUGUUUCCAUGUGUGCGUGCGUGCUGCUCAGUGAUUGCAGUGCUUAUCUUUCAUGAAAGAAACUCUCGUGGAUGAAGAUUUUUCCAUUAUUCCUUGGCUGGAUCUUUGGUUCUGUUUUGUUUGUUGUUGAAAGUGUGUCUGUGCUGUUAGCUCUGCUGCUCGAAAUGGGUCAGUCGGAAUAAACACAUAACUGCAGUUGAACCAACAAGAUGUGCAGAUUCUGAUCAACAAAGUCAGCUCUUUUUUCUAGAUCUGUUUUGGUGUGUCUGUACAGUAUUCCUUGAGUUGGAGGCUUUAGCUUCAUGAGUCUUUAGGCAUCGCAGCAGAAGUAAUAGUGUUUCUUCCUUACUUGAUGUGAUGCUGAUCAUGUUAUUUGCAGGAGCCAGAUGCUUUUUGUGGCUCAUUUGACCGUCACUGUCUGUGGACGUCUAUAGCCACUGUCACACGCUUCAAAACAACCAAAGAGAAAGAUGAGAGGGGAAUGUUACACCUUUAGCAAAAGUAUUUGCUGCAAGUGACCAACUCUGUGUACUUUGUGUUUAACUUGACAAAUAUUGGCUUAUGUCAGUUUUCUCUAUGUGUAUUUGCACUUGGUUUCACCUUCCUGUCAAUGUCAAACCUAGUAGUAUAAGCUGUUGUUUAAUGACUCCCUCCCCUCCUCUCCUCUUCAUCCUCUCCUGCUGGCCCUAAAGGUCUUCAGCCAUCCAAGAUGGCAGACUGGAGCUCCUCAGGUCCAGAAUCCAAUGGUCAUGGUCCAGCCUCAACACUGCCGCGGAUGACCUCUCACUCCAAUUCUAACACAGAACAAGGUAAAAGACGUCAACACGUGCAAACACUAAAACGGCUCUGUAAAGCUUGAAACUUGUAGCUGCUGUCAAGACUUGAUAAAGAUCCCUAGCAGCCUUUGAUAUUGUCAUAAAUAACUCUGGACAUGAACCUUGAAUAAAAGCUGAUCACUUAACUCUUCAUGUGGUCUGUGGAUAGAUGAGACAGAGCUGAAGAGGGACCGGAAAGUACGUCCGUUUUCCAUGUUUGAGCCAAUGGAGGCUCCUGUCUCCUCCCUACGUAAAAACCAGAGCAGUGAUGAUCUUGUCAGGGAUGCUCAGGUAAGAAGGACCAGAAGGCACACCUUACACCCUCACAGAAAUAAAAGAACACAUAUCAGGUCUGUUGGUACAAGCAGGGAUGAAUGCUGGCAUCUUAUUGGCUGUCUCUGCUUCUUCAUCUCUCCAGUCUGCUCCUAAGGCUCCAGUCAAGGUGCCCCCUCCUGUCCCCACUAAACCCAAAGGUCCUGGAGUCAUGCCGUACAGCAAACAAGGCCUCAACACGGGCACCUUCCCCAAAGCCAAGCCCCACAGCCAACAGCCACAUGUUGCCCAGGGCCGUGGCCCACUCCCACCAUCACAGAGCCAGACACUCCCCCUUCCCUCCAAGCAGGACACUCCACCCGCAGCCACAGUACGGCCCUUCACACCCGAGCUGCCCUCCUCCAAAGACGCCAACCUGAGCAAACCCCAGACCUUGGCGGCCAGCUCCAUCUACUCCAUGUACACGCAGCAGCCAGGGUCAGGGAAGCCCUUCCAGCCUGGUGUGCAGGGCGCUCUCAACAGGUCCCAGAACCGCAAUGGAUUUGUCAGUGGUAAGAUUAUACAGUUCAAUCAUGUGAAUUAAUGGUGUCAGAAUGGCGCUGUCAAAAUGUGUUAAUCCUCCUUUCGGUUCCGAGACUCAGAUUUUGCUGAUCAUGAAAACAUGUUUGUCUAGUUUUUUUUAUUUUAAUCCGUAAAGUUAAGCCGACAUUUAAGUGCUUGUGAUGGAACAAGCUUUGGUAACAAUGUGUAUUUGAACAAAUAACAUGCCAAAAUAGAAGAUUAUGGUUUGUAUUGGACGUGAAUCCAUGUAAAACAUCAAAACAACAUUCAAAACACAAAGUUAAAAACCUGUAUUUGACAAGUACAUCUCAAAUAAGUAGACUUUUGAAAGGAAUUCCUAGUUUUGGAGCAGAAAUUCAACAGUAUACACCCCAAACAUCACAGUAAAUACAAGUGUUACUGCUGCUUGUGUCACUCAGGAUAAAUUCACAGAGGGAAAUCUCUGUUCCGCUGUUCUCUUUAGCACACUCACAGAGAAAUAUUCACACACCACUGACCAGAGAAGCAGCGAGAGAGAAUAAGCCAUAUGCUCCAUCUUUUCUAUCCAGACAUUAUCUCAGGCACGCAUACAUGCUGGGGGACAAUGUAUUGGAGCUCGGAGUUGGUUUGAAAUUUUAAUUAAUUCAGCAUGAAUUAACACGCUAAAGUCUAUCUCACUCACUAUCUAUCAGACAGUCCUGAAGAAUGGAUUUGUGUUUUCAUUUGUUGCUCUUGUUUUAGCAUAAUUACUGUCUGGUUAUGCAGCAUUGCAGCACUUGGCAUCAAAGAGUUUUAACUCAACAAUAGGGUUUCCGAAACAGAAAUGCCAACCAUUAUUCAAAUUCCUAUCAGGCAAAUCGUCUUACUCAGCAGUACAAGUGCAAGGCGCUCUUCUGUUUACAAUUAUAUCCUGCUUUUUUGUGUUACUGACCUCUCUUGGGGCUAAAAAACUGUCACACUGUCAAGCCCUACAAUGUAUUUACAUGAGGUUAGUCAUUUUACUUUGUUUAUUGCCACUGUACGACUACUGUGGCUGCACCUCUAAAUUGACCCACUUUUAUACUCUGUGCCUUAUUUCGUCAUCUGUUUUAAAAAUCAGUUUCACUACAAUGUCAAGUUAGGAAUCAAAGCUACAAAGCCAAAAGGUUCAGUAUAUAAGUAAGUAGAUAAGGUAGUGGGGUUAUCUCUGUGAACUUCAAAGACCUGACUCUGUUUCUCCUUCUUGUUUGAAGUGUACGGUAAACCAGUGAUUCCCAGUGGAGGUUCUCCACACCCAGAAAACCCGUACCUGGAUCGCCGCUCCCCUGCCCCAGAAUCUGAAGUUGACCAUAAUGGAGCCAUCUACGCAGGUCCCAGCCCAUCUGAGGGCACACAACCAGAAACUGAGCGUAUCCCCCGGCCCCUCAGCCCCACCAAGUUGCUCCCCUUCAUUUCCAACCCUUACAGGCAUCAGAGCGAUGGUGACCUGGAAGCCCUGAGGAAGAAGCUGUACAACGCCCCCAGACCCCUGAAAAAACGCAGCUCCAUCACAGAACCAGAGGGUCCCGCAGGGCCCAACAUCCAGAAACUCCUCUACCAGAAGACCACACUGGCAGCUAUGGAGACCACUGUGACUACACCAACCACUCCCACCUUUGCAGGUGAAGCAGAGAAAGCAGCAGCAGAGGGGUCUGUUCCCAGCCCUCUGAAUGGCGCAGAGACCCACCCAUCGGAGACAGGACAGGCUCAGGAGGGAGGUCAACCCUCGUCUCACAUUCCAGGUGCUAGUGUCUAUGUCCCAGCCCCCCCUGAACCGACAAGACCAGCCUCAGCCAUCACAGAAAACGAGGACAUAAUCCCCCCUCCUCCGCCAUCCCACCCAGCCCCCAAACCAGAUGACGCUCUUUUCCCACCACCACCUCCUGCUGGCUUGGACGACAUCAUCCCCAACCUGCCUCCUCCACCUCCAGAUGGAUUCCUGGAAGAGUUCCCCCCCUACCCACCACCCCCAUACCCCAGCGGAGCAGAGCAGGACAGUUUUGGAGAGGACACCUUUAACAUGAAGGCCCCUGAGGUCACUGGCCAGGUCACUCUGCCACCGGUAUGAAUCCUUUUUGACCGCCUCCCUGUGAACUCAGAUAAAAAACUUUGUUUCAUCCGUUUUUUAAAUCCACUGAUCUUCUGCUCCAUAUUUUUAAACUUCCUCACAUGUUUGUUUGUGAGUCCCAUGGGGGCAGGUCAUGAGUUACAGUUUGUCCACGCUGCUUAAUGACCUGCUGGCUAACACUAUUGACCUGUUCUCAUGUUAUAUAAUAAGAUAAUCCACAUCAAGUACUACCAUUGUUUCUUGAGCAAAUGGGCCUUAUUCUGCUUACACUAAGCGGAUACUUGCCUCUCUUUCUCCCGCUCAUUAGCUUAGUCUGUGUUUAAGAUAAACACUAGUGUACAUUUUCUUGUUCCUAAGCUCUCAGUGAAACCCCUCCUCUGGGUUUUAAUGCAAACCAAUGAAAAUUGGCCCAUUUUUCUCCUGAGAUUCCCUCCUUCUGUUAAGUCUUGUUUGGUUGCAUAAUCAUGGCUAAGCAAAAUAUAUAAGUUUCACACAGUUUGCACAGACAAACUAGAUUAGCUUUACACUCAGAGCUAGAAAACAAGUCACUCCUCUUGACUACAGUAGAGAGUAGAUGUUUCCACAGAGCAGGACCAAACUCCAGGAUGAAGCUCUACAGUCUCAUGACUUUGAUAUCAUGAACUCUUUUUUCAUGGUUUUUAAUGGAUGAAUUAUGACUUUGACCGUAGGGGAAGAGGACUAAUCUGCGCAAGCCUGGAUCUGAGCGCAUCGAUCACAGCAUGAGAGUGAAGUUCAAUCCCCUGGCUCUGCUGCUGGACUCGUCUCUGGAAGGAGAGUUUGACCUGGUCCAGCGGAUCAUUUAUGAAGUAAGACAGAACCUUUGAUGAAAAAUGUCUCUUGGAUUCUCAUUUUCCUCUGCAUCCACUGAUUAAUUGAAGAUUAGAUAGAAAUAUUAAGUCUGUCUCUCUAUGCCCCUAACUCUUCAUCCUUACCUCAAAGGUCGAAGAUCCGAGUCAGCCCAAUGAUGAAGGAAUUACAGCUCUGCACAAUGCUGUCUGUGCUGGACACACAGAGAUUGUCAAAUUUCUGGUUCAGUUUGGCGUCAAUGUCAAUGCUGCUGACAGUGAUGGCUGGUAAGAUAUAAAACUCUUACACAUGCUGGAUUUUUAAAAAUGAGAAUCUAGAUAAUUCUACUUUAACAUUAAUUAACAAAUACUCCACCUCCUCUCCACCCCCUCUCUAACCAGGACACCUCUCCACUGUGCUGCAUCCUGCAACAAUGUGCAAGUGUGCAAGUUCCUGGUGGAGUCAGGUGCAGCGGUGUUCGCUAUGACUUACAGCGACAUGCAAACAGCAGCUGAUAAAUGUGAAGAGAUGGAGGAGGGCUACACUCAGUGCUCUCAGUUCCUCUACGGUCAGUGACAUUUCCUCUUCUACCUUAUCCAUGCGAUGUGUCCUGCAGCAAUGUUUCCUUAUGUGACAAUGUUCCUGUUUUUCUGUCCCCAGGUGUGCAAGAGAAGAUGGGCAUCAUGAACAGAGGUGUGGUCUACGGUCUGUGGGACUACAACAGUGAAAACCCAGAUGAGCUUCCAUUCCGCGAGGGCGACUGCAUGACCAUCCUCCGCAGAGAAGACGAGGACGAGAUCGAAUGGUGGUGGGCGCGCAUGGGCGACGCUGAGGGUUACAUCCCCCGCAACCUACUUGGGGUGAGUUACGACUCAAGAGUCACUGAGCCUCAAACUUUCUAGUCUGUGUGCACAAAUGAGCUUAGCUAACAUGUUGUUUUUAUGUCUCUAACAGCUCUACCCAAGAAUAAAGCCAAGACAGAGAACUCUGGCUUAAAACGCAGAGACCCCCCCCUGCACAUUCCAGCCUGCCGCACACACGUACACACACUCACAGGCUUUAACAGACUUGGAAAGAGAAGGACUCAAAUGAAGAAAUGAGAACAGACCAAACACAAUGAAGGAUCAACAAUGAGCUCUCUGGCACUUUUUAUUUUAAACCCAUAGUGAGGGAUUCUCCUUCACCGAUUUUCCAGGCCGCACUACGUACUGAGAACUUAACACUAUUGGCAUUUUCUCUUCCUUUAUGACACAGUUUUUAGUUCUUUUGUAAUAAGCGUCUGAAACUGUUUCAGAGACAGAGAAUCACAUGUUGGGUUGUAAAUGAAACAAGCCGUAUUUUGAUUGCUAUCGAGUGUUUUUACGCUUUUGAAUAGUCUUAUAAAACUUGUUUCAUGAGCCACCGCUUACUUUCCAAGAGACUUUGCUCGACGUCGCAUGAAGUGGGCUACCAUGAUGAAAAACUCUGUUACCUUGACAAUCUCUGGGGGCUUGUUCCUCCCACCUGUGAUAAGUGGUUGCGCCUCUGUUUUACCGCACUGGAGGUGUAACGCUUCAGUUUUUCUGGCUAAAGAAAUGAAAUGAGGGGUGCAAAAAAAGGUGAUGAAGCUUUUAGUCAGAUCUAUUUUUAUUCUGUGGUCCAUGAUACCUAGAAAGCCAGUCUGCUCUCCUGCAUUGGCAUGUGGUUGAGAUGCCAUAGAUAUUGUGUCUCCGUGUAUUUCUGUCACAGCAACUAGUGAAAUGUUACUGUAGGAAGGAUGCUGUCGUGAAAAUUUACUUUCAAACUCUUUGACCAAGACAAACAUGUAAUGCAGUAUAAAGUUGAUAUUUUUUUACAGCCCUUCCAUGACGGUAAUGUAGCGAGAGAAGUCUAAUAUCAGAAACCUUCACUUUUUUGUAGUAAUCAGUAAAAAAAAGAAAAAGACACACUCUAUUGAGAGGUGAAACAGUUUUUAUGUCACGAUGAAAAUUAAAAAGAUGGAGCUCAAAUCUUGAGAUGUUCUGAGCUCUCCAAGCUCGACUCAUCCAUGCAGAUGUAUUUAUUUUUGUUACUGUUUUUUCUUUAGCCGUUUUGCUGGGACUAUAACCACAAAUGUACUGUAGUGUUUCAAACAUUUACAAUAAAAUACUUUGUACUAAGUUUUUAAA